AGCCGCUCACCUGGGCAGCUCAAACCCAUCUCACCCACACAGAUUUUCUCCUCUGAAAAGUAUCCCGCACUAACCCUAACGUUGUCGGAGCGGAUUACGUUUCCCGACGAGCCGUGUCCUGUCAUCCCCGAGGGAGGGGCCACUAACCGCACUCUACAAAGAAUCUUCCUUUUGACGUGCUGCUCCACCAUAGCGCCCAUCAGUGCGCCCUAGAGCUCGCCGGAGGUAACUAUCAAAGGCCGACCGCUGCUCUGUGGAUGACUAGCGGAGAGGAGGACAUGGGCUUAAUCAAAGGUGCCGCCACCGUGACCAGAUGAAUGCACACUCACCUUCUCGGAGGAUAUAGGAACCGAUGUUUUGAUGUUUCGCGCCAUUCUGAGGUUUUUUUAGCGUUGAUUAUGGAACUGUUUUUAAAAUUAGAUUAAGGUGAAUGGAUGAAGUGUAAAGGUCCAAGGAUAAAAAAAAAAAAUGUUUGUUUUCAAAAGAUCAAAUUAUUUUUUAUUUGAUGAUUUGAUGAUUUUUAAAAAACAAUGCCGCUGAUGCGUAUUCACAUUUCGAACCAGAAAAAGUCAACAAAAAUUUGGUCAUACAUUAAACAACAAUUACUUGAAAUCAACCAUAAACUUGUGCAAGUUUGGAUGUAAAUAGAAAUCAAUCAAAAUAUUCUAACUCUGGCAAAAAUGUAAAAAAAAAAUACAAAAUACAAAUAAAAAUUCGAAUUUGUAUUAUGUUAGACAAAUUUUUAAAGCAUAAUUGUCAACUGUGAUGAAAGGUCCUUGUUUAAUAACUUCAUCUCAUCUUCAACACCAAAUCUUUAAAAGUUUGGAGGAUUUUUUACUCUACCCAAUUCCUGGACAUUCAAAAUAAACAAAAUUCCUCCAUGAUUUUUUUAAAGGACACAUUAGUAAUGUGAAGAGUUGACCCUUGCAAUGCUUAUUAUGAGUGUCCCAUCCACACCCUUGGAACAAGAGAGUAGCAGUGAGGCCAGCAGCAGCUCCACCUCCACCUCCAUCACCACUACCUCCGACUCUUCCAAACAUGCCGUUCCACCAGCUCCACCCCUGCCUCCACCCCCGCCGCCUGGAGCCCCGCCUCCACCACCGCUCCCGGGCAACCACGGCGGCCGGAAGAAGCGUCGUGUGCGGAGUUUUUUCUGGAAGACAAUCCCGGAGGAAAAGGUGCGGGGGAAGCCAAACAUCUGGACCAUGGCGGUGCAGCAGGAGCAGUUCCAGAUUGAUGUGCGCUCGGUGGAGGAGCUGUUUGGCCAGCAGGAGGAGGCAGGGAGCAGAGGACUGACCACUCCCACCGGGUCCUCCACGCAGGUGUCCAGGGUCCGAUCAUUCAAGGAGAGCACCAAAGAUGAGAUCAGCAUCCUGGACUCAAAGAGAGGGAUGAAUGUGGGCAUUUUCCUAAAGCAAUUCAAGAAGUCUAAUCGCGCCAUUGUAGAGGACAUUCGGCGAGGGGAGAGCCAAACGUACGGCGCAGAGUUACUCAAAGACCUGCUGAAGCUGCUGCCGGAUGUGGAGGAGGUGAAGAAGCUGCAGUCAUUCAAAGGCGACUCGGACAAGCUGGCACUGGUGGACUCCUUUAUGUACCUCCUGAUCCAAGUGCCGCGGUUCGAGCUGCGUAUUGAGGCCAUGGUUUUGCGUGAAGAGUUUUUCCCCUCCUGUGCAGUGAUGAGUAACGAGAUCAAUGUCAUCCGUGUGGCCACUAAAGCGCUGAUGAGCUGUGAAGAGCUCCAUGCAAUUCUACAUCUGGUGCUGCAGGCCGGGAAUAUCAUGAAUGCUGGUGGAUACGCUGGAAAUGCUGUGGGCUUCAAACUAUCCUCCUUGCUCUCGUUAGCAGACACCAAGGCUAACAAGCCCGGCAUGAACCUGCUGCACUUUGUCGCCAUGGAGGCAAAGAAGAAAGAUGAGAAACUACUCAGGUUUCCAGAGAAGCUCCUGGAUGUCCAGAGUGCAGCCAGGAUCUCAGUGGAGAACAUAGAGACAGAGUUCUCCUCUCUGUACGUCCGCAUCAGAACUCUGGAGGAGAAGGUUCAGGGAGAUCAAGAGCUCCAACAGCAGCUCCAGCCCUUUCUGCAGAGCGCAGCUCAGACUCUGCAGGACCUGAAGAGGCGGAGGCUGGAUCUGCGCAAAGAGGGCAACAGCCUCAUUGACUUCUUCUGCGAGGACAAGGACACAUUCAAGCUGGACGAGUGCUUCCGGAUCUUCCAGGAUUUCUGCCAUAAGUUCAAGAAGGCAGUCAAGGACAACACAGAGCGAGAGCUGAAAGAGGCGGCACGUCAGCGCCGCCUGAGAGAGUUGGAGGAGCGGCGCAGCGCCUGGUCUGGUUCUGACCAGAGCGGGGGCUUCGGCCGCAGCUCCAGUGAGACUGAUGUAGACAUGUUGACCAAGGAGGGCCUGCUGGAGUUUUUCCAUCGCUCCCAGAGCCCCCAUAGCCCUCUGAGCCGCUCCGCCAGUGCCCGCCGCCAUCGCCACACCAUGACCAGCACAGCAGAUCGCCAGCUGCAAGGCUACCUGGAAGUCUUCGGACGCAACGACAAUGAUUGUUCUAAGUUCAACAGCCUACCACGCUCAGGGAGGCCUCACCAGAGAAGGACCACUCCAUGGAUGCUAGGCCAAGAUGACAACCGGGAGCUGGGCUGGGACAGACUUGCAGACACUGAGCCGAUUAGCCCGCUUGCUAGGUUUUCCUCAUCCAGGAUAAAUGACAAUGCAGACCCUUACAAUAACAAUAAUCAGUACUCCUCUGUAUCGGAGGGAAGUGCUUUGCCACGGCCAUUUUCUGUGUUUCAGAAAGCUGCACAAGUCCCCAGCACAACUAUUACUGGACAGAUGAAUGUCAGUGUGGAGAAACACACUUUAGUGCGGGGGCCACAACCUUUUGAGCUCCCCAGCCCCAACAACAACAGCAGUCAAAUGCAUUUUGUCAAACCUGAGGAUGUAAUUGUUACUGACUUAGAACAUGACGAAGUGAAUGUGGACACUGGAAAUAAAAUAGUCCAAAAAACCCCAACGGCAGCUUUAGAAGCAAAAACACAUCCUCCUCAAAAACCUGGAAUAUUUGGAAAAGACAAUGAGGAAUUUGACAGUACAAUUUCAUCUACAACUUGUGACACGCCUCUUCCACUGGACCCCUCUGUCUCCAACAAGACACCAAUGUUUUAUAUUAUAGACUGCACUGAAACAGACUGCUCAGUUACAUUGGAUUACUCCGAGACAGACCUCUUCAGAACCGGCAAAAACCAAGAACAUGAUCCCAGUUCUCUGUCGUCAAACUUAGAAUCUCCAAAUGAGCUGUCAACGAGUGACAUCUCUGCCCCUAACAGAGUUGAUUUUGAUGCUACCUUUGUUACCCAAACAGAGGACUGGGAUACAGAAAGUGCUGAAACAGCCGAGGGCAAGCAAAGCACUGACAAAGAAACGCAAAUAGGCAGUAAAAAGCAAGCUAAAGGUAAAGCCACCAAAGGUAGCAAGAAUACUGUUGCCAGCCGUGGUGUCCGAACACUAACUAGCAAUGAAAACCAGGGUAUGAGAAGAGUAGUGCCUAUUAGCAAGCUAACAAGAUCAGGAAGCAGCAGAAGAGGAGACAGACAAACAGAAAGUACAGAAACUCGCAGAACGCUGAGAGACCAAAGCACGCCAGCGAGAGGUCGGAGCGAGAAGGCUACGAGAACACCUCGUCAUUCUAGCAUGCCACCUGACGAGUCCAAAACUCAAAGAGGUCUUACAGGGUCUGCGUCAAGAUGGACAAGAGAGUCCACACCCAGGAAAGCUAGCACCCACAAACCAAGCGCUAAACCACUGCGCAACAUUCCCAAACCUGAAGAAAAAAUGUGUAGGUCGACAAUGCGAGCACUGGCACAGACUCAAACGCAAGCUAAUUCCGAUAACAAUAGCCCAGCUACGACCAAGAGUGCAUCGGAAGUACCAAGCUUUGCACGGAAUACGGUGGCAUUUUCUUCAAGGAGCAAGAAGGAGCCGUCAACUCCGUCCCGUACUCCUUCUGUUCAAGCAAAGCAGGCUAAACAGAACAAGUCCUCAUCCUCUGAGGAGCGUCCUCAGACUGCAGGACUGAGAAGGGUGCAAAGUGUGAAGGCAGCUAGUCGUAGCUCAUACCGAAGUGAGACCCCACCCCCUCCUGCUUCAAGAGAGGACCAGCGCAAGACCAGUAGUUUUUCGGAAAAGUCCAUUCCAACCAAAGACUUGACCAGUGGUCGGAGUACAAAACCAAGCUGGAAGUAAACAGACUUUAUAUGGACUAUUGUGGUCUAGAUAGGUCUACUGUUUCUCAUAUGAUGCAAAAGACGCAUGAAUGGUUGUCCAGUUACCAAUCAAAAAGUAUAUUAUAGACUGGAUGAUUCUGUGUGAACAUUGCACUGAAAUACUAAUACUUAAAGUCCUUUAUUCAAAAGGAAAGUAGACAAACGGCAAUGAACAGUCUUUUUGCCUGCUUAGCAGUCUUUAAAGAACAUGCUUGUGGUUAUGGUCACAUAAACAGGAAGUAAACACUGGCUGUUGCUAAUGCAUUUUCACUGUUUCAUUCAGGGUCACAUGGUUUGUAGUGCUUGGAUGCUGUUACACUGUCUGAAGUCCUUUAGGAGCAGCUUGGUUUUCUAUUUGUUUGGCCUAAUACCUCAGAAUGUUUUAUCAGUGGCCUUUUAUCAGCACAGUUUGUUUUUUAACAACAGUGUUGCCAGUGUAUAUUUCUUCAAAUAUUAAUCAAAACAUGAAUCAAAAAGUUCUCUCAAUGUUAUUUUUUUGUAAUUAUUUGCUAUGCAAAUAAGGGGUAACAUUGAGCAGCCAACUAACAAGUCCCUGCUUCACCUGAUCAGUAUAUGGAAUUCCAGACAGUUGUUAUUAUUUAUUACACAAUACUUUGGUAAAUACAUUUGGGCUAUGAUUUAUUGUUUUUAGCCAUAAGCUAGCAGACUAUGUGCAUAAGGCCAGCCCCACAUUGUCCAGGCCUGGAGACAGAAAUUAAACAGAUAGCUACAAGAAUUAUAUUCUUUGUAUAUUCCUUUAAUGAACAAUUAAAUAUAUAAUUUUAUGAUAGUAUUUUGGCUUAUCUCAUGUUAGAAAAAAAAUCUUGGCACCAAUUGGUGCUUGCUUCUUAGCUUGAAGAAAUGUACAAUGGCAACAAUUUUAUUUCUUAUUUGUUUCAGCAUGAUAAAUGUAAACAGUUAUAUGCUACACAGUAUAUGAAUGUCUCUCUUCUGUAGAUUUAAUCUACUAUGGUACAAAUUGUACCUCGUGCACAGAUGUUAGUAGCAUUAGAACUACUUCAUAGUUAUGGAAGUUAGUUAGUUAGUGCAAUCAAUCACAUCUUACUGUACUGACCACUUCUUUUGACUUGUUCUCAUGGCCUUAGAGCUUAAUGUAGCCUCACCUGUAGACAGACACAAGUGCUAGACUGCCUUACAUUCUUUUACAUAAAAACACUGCUAAUCAUGUACAUAUUGUAAAGACAUAGUAUUUUUCUGACUAAAGAUGUUUACGUUAUAACAAAAUCUAAAGUCUGUCUCAUGGUAGCGUCAGGGCACAGAGCCAACCAUCCCCUCAUAAAGUUGCUGUUCUACUUUCCUCUUUCCUUUUAUGCAAAUGAAGAGGACACAAACACAAUCGCAUGACGCAGCUUGUGUAGUCCACUGCAAACUUUCUCCAAAAGACAUUUAAAUUAUAAAGAAUAAUAUAACAAGACAUCAAGUGCAUUUUUCUUCAGAUUUAUUACAAAAGAAAGGACAAAAAUCUACAUGGACUGUACACAUAUACUUAUGUUUGUAUAUGUUGAUUUUUUUUUUUUUUACUGUUGUUACAAUACCCACUCAACUACCAAUGGUGUGGUGAUUAUAAAUAACUGUAUUACCUUUUUCUGUCCAAAUAUUUUAUGUUUUGUAUAAGUAUCCAUAGGUUUAAGAGUGAUGAAAUAUUAGGACUGUUGUCAUGGCAUCUUUGGAAUGGUGAAAAGUCCUCAAAAUGUCCCACAUGAAACAGCUGAAACCCAUGAAAAUAUUUCUACAUUUAUUUGAAUUCAAGACUCUGGAUUGACAUAAAAGACUAAAAGAUUAAAGAUUAAAAGAGUCUAAAAAGAUUACUUAAUAUAUUGAAAAUUUGAGUAAAUAGUUCUUAAACAGAUUGGCUUAUUGUAGUACAUGAUACUAUGAGUUUCACUGGUGCAACAUUACAGAUUAAAAGUAAUUGCAGGUAUCUGUACUUUACUUAAGUAUAUUUUUAGUGGAUACUUUUUGGCUUUACUACAUUUGAGAGAGGGUACCUGUACUUUCAACUCCACUACAUUUUUGAACAGGACUGAAAAGUAAAAGUAUUUUUCAUUAUAGUUUGAGACCUGCUGAAAAGGUUGAGGGGUUCAUUUUUUAA